AUGAGCACGUCAAGGAACCAGAAGGCCCUCGAGCUUGCAAGCCGAUGGGACCUUGAACAUAUUCCAGCCCCCGCCAGCCAGAUCGAUCCCAUCAAGAUCGAGAACUGCAUCGGCUUUACAAAAGUGCCCCUUGGAGUCGCUGGGCCGCUCCGCGUGAAGGGACCAAACGCCGACGGCAGCUUCUAUGCUCCGCUGGCAACGCAAGAAGCUACCCUAGUGGCCAGUUGCUCGCGCGGUUGCAAGGCCUUCAGUGCCUCCGGAGGCGUUCAGUUCGACGUCUUGUCCCAGGGCAUGAGCCGUGCUCCCGUGUUUAUCUUCGCGAAUCCGGCAUCAGCGGUCAAAUUCGCACGAGAAUGGCCUUCGCUCGAGGAGAAGUUUGGCAAAUGGGCCGUUUCGACGAGCCGGUAUGCAAAACUCCAAAAAACAAAAGCUCACAUCAUUGGCUCCCAAGUCCACCUCUUCUGCAGCUUUCACUGCGCCGCUGCCUCGGGACAGAACAUGGUCUCCAAGGCCACCAAGCACGCCUGCGACCAGCUCAGAAGUCUGUACGGAGACAAGUACUCGAUCAAAGACUGGGUUGUGGAAGGAAAUCUGUCAUCAGAUAAGAAGCCUUCAUGGGGCAACGUCAAAGAUGCUAGAGGCGUGGAAGUAGUGGCCUGGGGUUCCGUGUCAGACCAGGACUGUCAAAACAUCCUUGGGUGUACAACCAAACGUCUCAACGACCAGGUGGUGACUCUCAUCAAGGGCGGCAUUAGAAACGGCAUGUUCGGGAGCAACGUGAAUACCACGAAUGUCCUGGCAGGCAUGUUCAUAGCCACGGGCCAAGACGCUGCCAGUGUUGGAGAGUCGGCAUGGAGCGACCUCACCCCAGAGUACGACGAGGAGACCAAGGUCUUGACUCUGAGCCUGUACUUCCCCUCAAUCCUCAUUGCGACUGUCGGGGGAGGCACCGGCAAUCCCACGCAACGAGAAGCACUGAGGAUGGUCCAAUGCGAUCAGCCAGAAGACAAAGAGAAAUUAGCUGGUCUGAUGGCAUCAUUUGCCCUGGCCCUGGACAUAAGCACGGCGGCCGCGAUUGCAAAUGACACAUUCACUGCCAGUCAUAUGAGAUUGGCACGAGGCGAAGCAAAGUCCAAACUUUAG